AAGACGUAACAAGCUGCCAAAAUUGUGAUGGCUCACCACCAGUGCAAAAGCUAAAUCAUAAUAAAAGUUUGAGUGCUACAAAAAGGGAAAGACAUCGAGCAAAAACUGCCUACCAACGUUUGGUCAGUGAAAAUAAAAAACUUGCAGCUAGCAGGGAAAUACUCCAACGAAAAGUAAGAACAUUACAAAUGAGACUAGUCAGAAAGAAUUCUGGCUCAAAAUCUGAGUCGCCUAAGUCAGUAGUCAAACAAGUAAUUGAAUUGGUCAUUUGAGAAACCCCAUAAGUCAAUUUUUAGCUAAAUUUAGUUUUUUAUAUUUUUGCAAUCAACAGAUAUAAAUACACAGUUCCUCUGAGAAACAACAUAAGUCAGACUUUUUUUACCAACUUUAUAAUGCCACAAAGUUUUAGUUCACUUGAGAAACACCAUAAGUCAGUGACUUAUAGUGUUUCUCAAGUGAACAGCAGCAACAGCUGACACCUUGAUCAGUGAUCAGCUGUUUACAUUGCACUAACAAUUCCAGCCCAGGUUUGAGGUUAUGGUGGGAUAUUAAAGAGUAGCCUAUUUUCUUUGUUCGUCUAAUAUCGAAAUUGAAACAUUUUAAAAUCAUUAUCAGAAUGAAUGAGCUAGAUGUUAAUUUAGAGAUUCAGAAACGUAAAAGGAAAAAGGGUGUUCUCAAUAAAUCCGAGUACAAGGCCGAAAUAAUUAAAAAAGCCAGAGUUUCAGGAAGCUCAUACAUAAGUUGGACUGGAAAAGAAGUACCAGAAAUAACUCCAGGAGAAGAUUGCAAGUGUCGGCGGAAGUGCUUCACAAAAGUGGCAGAUGAAGAACGGAAACGGAUAUUUGAGACCUUUAGAAGUUUGGGGUCUAAAAAUGAGCAAGACAACUAUCUACAAUCUUUGAUUGCAGCAACUGAAGUUAAACAGAAACGGCGGAGGAAAUCAAGUGAAAUAUCACGUAAGCCAGAUAGAGGAAAUACAUUCAUUUACGAAGUAUCAACACCAUCUGGGAAGCAGCAGGUAUGCAAACUUGCAUUCUCUAAUAUACAUGGAAUAAGUAGUGACCGCAUCAGGAGAUUGACAAAACUACUAACAGAGGGUAAAAAUCCUCAGGAUAUGAGAGGCAAAAGUGUCCCGGGCAAUGCAAAACCAACUAAUUUUGUCAAUAGAGUUAAAGAACAUAUCGCUUCCUUUCCUGUGAAAAUAACACACUAUGGUACAACUGAUUAUAGCUACUUGAAUGAAAAACUUAAUGUUCUUGAGAUGUAUAAACUGUUUAAACAGGCGAAUCCAGAUAUUGAUAUUGGGUACAAAUUUUAUCUUAAAAUAUUUAAAGAAAAUUUUACUCUGCAUUUUGGUCGUCCACAGGUCGACACUUGCUGUACUUGUGAGGCUCUUGAGAUAAAAAUUAAAAGUAAAUUCUUGAAUGAUAUAGCUAAAAGAGUCCAUGUAGCUGAAAAAAUAGUCCAUAAGCGCAGGGCUAAAAAGUUUUACUAUAAAAUCAACGAAGUUCAGGAACAGGCUGCUACUAAUGAAAAUAUUGGUGGCAUAUGUAUUGAUUAUAUGCAAAAUUUACAGCUACCAACUAUCCCAGUCCAAGAAACAUUUUAUCUCAGACAACUCACUGUUAGUGUUUUCUGUGUCCAUAAUCUUAAAGACAACAGUGUAGUAUUUUUUAUGUAUCAUGAGGGAAUUGGUGGUAAAGGCCCAAAUGAAGUCUGUUCAUUUCUGUUGAGCUACAUUCAAAAUCAUUUAAUAGAAGGGAUUGAACACUUACAUAUUUUUUCUGACGGAUGUGGAGGCCAAAAUAAAAACCACUCAGUUCUCAGAUUGGCAAAUGCCUUGGCCUCCACAGGAAAGUUUAAGACAGUAGAGCAGUAUUUUCCUAUUAGAGGGCAUUCUUUUCUGCCCUGCGAUAGGGACUUUUCAGUUAUUAAAAGAAAAGUGAGAAGGUGCGACAGAGUGUACACUGUUAAGGAAUAUGCUGAAAUGUUCCUAAGUGCCUCAUUAAAAAAUGAGUUCUAUGUGGUCCUACCUGAGUCAGAAGACAUUUUAAAUUUCAAGGAUUGGUGGCCUGCAUUUUUUAACCCUUCGACGCGUUUUGCCGUACCUAGUACGCGAAGCGAUGUAUCGACGAUUUUCGGUUUUAUUUGAUGGUCACUCGAAUAUUGGCCUAUCGAAAGUGAUAUUGAUUUAAAGCUUAUGAGUUUAGCUAUCGAUAUCAAUAGUCAUAUGUUACUCAAAAAACAACUGACAUCGUAAAAAGAGUCUAGAAUAUGACGCAAUGAAUCAGCUGUUCUCGCUACUGACGACGAACCAGUCCAGCCGGUUCUUUGUUUAUGCGAAGUAGGGAGCUAAUGUUUACAUGUUGUUUUGUGAUAUUGUCAGUGUUUAAAAGUGUAUUAAUAAUAUUAAUAUCGUUUUAGUGGUUGUGCUGUGUAAAUAUUAUGGUCUGUAAAUCAAGUUCUCUCCAGUAAUUUUUUCGUUUUUUGUGAUAGUUGCAAGUAAGCCUAACCUAAAAUGGCAACUUUGAAUGUUUGUUAUUAUACUAACAUUAUGGUAGGCCUAGUUCUCAUUUAUUUUACCAAAUACAAUUUUAUUUAGUGUUGAAAUAAUACAUAUUCCUCAUACAAUGGCAGGACCCAGUAGAGUUAGUACAAACAGUGAAAUCGAUAGGCUACUUGACAGUGACAGUGAUGAU